UUCUUUCAUCUUAUCUUUGAGUAUCCAAUCUCCAAACCAAACAUUCACAACUCUAUUAGAAAGGGAGAGUUUUCUUCUGUUAAGAUGGAGAUAUGCACAUAAGCAAGAUACUGAAAUUCACGCCUGUUCUGGAUGAAAAGAUAAAUUUUGCUCACAGAUGAAUGCUUUUAUGUUUCAGACCAAUACAGCAUGUCAUGAUCCACAUAUUGGUGUCCCACAAAUCAGGACAUGCAAAAGCAUGCGAGAAUUGAAGCAAGUGCAUGCGUUUUUUGUCAAAACAGCACGAACCCGUGACACCACAAUAGCAACAGAGAUUCUUAGGCUCAGUGCCACGUCUGAUUUUCGUGAUAUUGGGCAUGCCCUCUCAGUGUUCGACCAAAUGCCUAACAGGAAUUGCUUUGCUUGGAACACUGUGAUAAGAGCACUUGCUGAAACCCAAGAUAGGCUCUUGGACGCCUUCUUUGUUUUCUGCCAAAUGGUGACCGAGGCAACGGUGGAGCCUAACCGGUUCACUUUCCCAUCUGUUCUGAAGGCGUGCGCAGUCAUGGCCAGGUUCGAAGAAGGGAAACAGGUUCAUGGGUUAGUUCUUAAGUUUGGAUUGGUGAACGAUGAAUUUGUUGUCACUAAUUUGCUAAGGAUGUACGUGAUGUGUGGGAGUAUGGACGAUGCUCAUGUUUUGUUUUAUAGGAAUGUUGAGGGUGUUGAUGAUGUGAGGAGGUUGGUGAGAGAGGAGAGGAGGGGAGAGUUUAAUGUGGUUCUAUGCAAUGUGAUGGUUGAUGGGUAUGUAAGAGUUGGGAACCUUAAGACUGCUAGGGACUUGUUUGACAGGAUGGCUCAAAGGAGUGUGGUUUCUUGGAAUGUGAUGAUUUCUGGGUAUGCUCAAAAUGGAUUUUAUAGAGAGGCCAUAGAAGUGUUUCGUAGGAUGACGCAGAUGGGAGACAUGUCGCCGAACCGGGUCACUUUGAUCAGUGUGCUACCUGCGAUUUCGCGUCUUGGAGCGCUUGAGUUGGGGAAAUGGGUGCAUUUAUAUGCAGAGAAGAAUAAGAUCCGGAUUGAUGAUGUGCUUGGUUCGGCUCUGGUUGAUAUGUACGCCAAGUGUGGGAGCAUUGAGAAGGCCAUUCUGGUAUUUGAGGAGCUACCUCAAAACAAUGUUAUAACAUGGAAUGUUGUUAUUAGUGGUCUUGCCAUGCAUGGUAAAGCCAAUGAUGUGUUUAAUUAUUUGUCGAGGAUGGAAAAAUGUGGAAUAUCCCCGAGUGAUGUUACGUACAUAGCCAUCUUAAGUGCUUGUAGCCAUGCAGGCUUAGUGGACAAGGGAAGAUCAUUUUUUAAUGACAUGGUUAAUAGGGUUGGAUUAGAGCCUAAAAUUGAACACUAUGGGUGCAUGGUUGAUCUUCUGGGUCGUGCUGGUUAUCUUGAAGAAGCAGAACAGCUUAUAUUGAGCAUGCCAAUGAAGCCAGA